UGUUUUACAGCCGCCUUUAUUAUCAAUUCAACUCCUGAAUCAUCAUCAUACAUCUCCAACAUUAUAAAUAUUCGGAAGAUAGCCCAUGAAAAUUCAAGAAAAUCAAAGCAAAGAACCCAUUAAUAUUGACUUGUUAAGAUGGAAAUAGAAGAUGGCUGCUUCAACCAGCUUCCUCCAGGCUUUCAAUUUCGCCCUACCGAUGAGGAACUCGUUCUUCACUUUCUCUAUCCCAGGGCCAUGACCUUACCAGCUGGCCAUCCCAGCAUCAUUCCUGAACUUGAUAUUCAUCUGCUUCACCCUUGGGAAUUAGAUGGCAAGGCACUGUUGAGUGGAAACCAGUACUUCUUCUUUAGCCAAAUGAUGGAAAAUCGAACCCGGGAAAAUGGUUAUUGGAAGCAACUAGAUAUUGAGGAGCCCAUUUUCAGUACUGGUGCAGGCAAGACGGUUGGCGUAAAGAAAUUAUUUGUAUUCUUCAUUGGUGAAGCUCCUCUUGGUGUAGAAACAAAUUGGUUGAUGCAAGAAUAUCAUCUUUGUGAUUGGGGCUCAGCUCUUACGUCAUACUAUAAAAAGAAAGGAAAUAAAAAAUUUGAUUGUAGUAAAUGGGUUCUAUGUAGAGUUGAAGAGAGUAAGCGCAAUGCUCAGAGCUUCAGCUACAACGAUGAAGCGGAUGGAACUGAACUUUCAUGCCUUGAUGAAAUGUUCUUGUCAUUGGAUGAUGAUUGUGAUGAUAUAUCUUCCUCCAAAUUGUUGGGAAUAUAAGUAGUUUUGUAUCUUGUUUAGUUGUUUCUAUAUCUUUGGCUAGCUGUAAAAUGAAUUUAAC